AUGGUUUCCUUCAAGUCCAUCCUUCUUUUCGCCGGCCUCGCCAUGGCCGCUCCUACUCCCGACAGCGAGAAGUCUUUGACCAAGCGCUUCAACGGCGGCUGGUGCGGUGUCCACAUCCACCUAUUCAACGGCGAAAACCCAAAGGGAUCCCAUGAGAUGAAUGUCUUUGUUUACGAUGGCAAGCAGCAACUUGUCUGGUCAAAGGAAAGCAUCUGGGGCGACGGUAUUUUAAUGGCUGAGAGCGAGAAUCUCCCUGCUGUUCUCAACAUCAACACAUAUGGCGGCGGUGCUCUUGCAACCUUCACCUACGGCGACCAGGAUUGGGAUUCUAAUGAAAAGCCUCGCUGCUCUGUUGGAUCCUGGGACGGCCCUCCCUUUGGUUCCACCACUCAGACCCUUGAGAUGGACUGCGGUUUCUCUUGCUGA